UCUAUAAUAUUGUAUAAUACUGUAUAAUAUUGCCCCGUUCAAAAAGCAGGAAAUCCCCUUAAACUCUCAGACAUCGAAAGCUAAUUUGGGCCAUUGCAUCUUUAUUCACUAAUCUUUUACUUUCCCUUUCGUUUUCCUGACCAAUAGAAGUAGCAGAUUCCCAGACAGAGUAGCAGUGAUUAUCCUGGGUUCUGUUUCCAUUUUCAGCAGUUCUUCCUCCACUACUGAUAAUGAAAUUCGAUUCUUGCACAAUCUGACAUAUUAUAUUUUUUCCCUUCUUUCAUUUCAUUUCAUUUCAUUUCAUGUUUUUUUUUUUUUUUAACCAAACUGAUCAGUCUGAGAUCCAUACUGAAGUCGUACGUACGUAUCAUCCGAGAGACCAGGAGGAAAUCCAGGCCGUGAAGAACUGUAUUGGUAACUCAAGUGCAAUGCAGAUCCUGCUGGACUGUGUGCAGAAGAGAAUGAACUGGCCAGAAGAGUUGAUGUCAGCCUUGGAGGUGCUGGAGCACCAGGACCUGGCUGAUGAAAGGAGAGCCGAGUGGAACAAGCACAACCAGACCAAUCCUUCUCCUGCUGCUCCUCCUACCAGCCCAUCUCUGCCCAUCUCAGAGAGCUCUAAUGACCCUACAUCUUCUAUGGUCCUCCCAGCUUGGCCAACACCACCUUCAGAGUCACUCAGCCCUAAGAUUGCUGCCUGUCCGGAGGAUGGUGCCCAGCCAGUAGUCCCCACAAGCUCAGUUGCUGAGGCUCCCAUCGCUGGCGCCUCCCCAGAGCCAGCUCCACAAGCUCUCGAAGCAGCAGUAAGACCUGUCACAGCCACCCAGGCAGCACCUUCACCUGUCUCAGUGAAAAUGGAGCCCACAACGGUCUCUGAACCACAGCCUCCGCUCUCUCACUCUGAUAACGCUGCCUCCUCCCAGCCUGGUCCUGUAGAAACUGGAUCUCUGGAGGAUAACCCAUCUCAUAUAGUCCUGUCUGAAACCAUUCUCACCUUGCCUGUGUCAGACCUAAACCCAGCCCUGUCCCAAACUAAAUACACUCCCACCGCCGAUGCUCCUGCUUCGGUCCAGGCCUCUGAGAGACGUCCGGUUCAGGACACCACACCACCAACAGCCAAAGUGACCACCUUCCACCAGAAGCCAGUAGAGGACUCUGUUCCAACUGCAACUCAGGUGACUGAAGAUGACCAGCACACUGAGCUGUCUCAGAGUCCCCCGAGUCAUCACUUCUCCCCAGUCACAGCCCCAGCCUCACCCCCUGUACAUACCUCCAUGGAUGAGGAUAACCGGGAGCUCAGCAAGCCUGACGUUCCCUUGGCUAGUGUUCCUGGCCCUCUGACUACUGCAACGCCUCUGACAUGUCAGGAGCAUGGAGUCCCUGAGGAGCUAGAGGAAUCCGUGUCCCGUAACGAGCCUGAGGAAGACACGUACCAGGAAGUGCUGAUCAAUGUAAUUCACGUGUCUGAGGACGCGUACAUCCAGAAUCAGGAAGGCCAAACACAGAGCAUGCUGGGUAAUAAUGAUGCAGGUGUGUCUGAAACACUCCCACCAGUUCAGAACCACAACAGACAAUCCCAGAUCACACCUCUCUCUGGAUCUACAGAACUUGACCUGUCGUCUGGUCCGAACCAGCACGACCAAACUGAGGACAGUCUGGGGAAAGCAGUUAGUAAAUCUGAAGACUCUCAGGGUCUGAUUAUGAUUGCUAACGGCCAUGCCGCCAUCCCCUCAACCAAACAGCCUGAUCCUCCACCUCCAGCCUCUUCUCCUUCUGUCACCAUCGUCAACGGCUCCUCCGCUGAUAACUGUCCUCUCCCGGUGGCUGUGGAGGCAGAAGUCAUGCUCAAGGACAUGAUGGCUAGCGUUGUCCCUAAGCUGAAGCAGAAACGGGAGAGGGAGGGAGCCACAAUAGGAGGGAGCUACUACUUCCUGGGGGCUGCUGUCCUGAGUGUCUCAGCCCUGUUUGUGGCCUGGAGGAUGAAGAAUUAAAGGGUUUUGGGAAAGAA